ACACAUAAUCUCACUCUAUGACAAAAAUCCCCAACAUGACGACAACACUCAACCAUCUGUUUGAUCUGCCGGGGCAGAUUUGCCAUGUCCAGUGUGGUUUUUGUACCACUAUUUUGCUGGUGAGUGUACCGUUCACAAGCUUGUCAAUGGUGGUGACUGUGAGAUGUGGACAUUGCUCCAGCCUUCUCUCAGUCAAUUUGAUGAAGGCUUCCUUCAUCCCUCUCCAUCUCCUAGCUUCUCUGUCCCAUCUGGAUGAGGCGGGAAAAGAGGAGGUUGCAGCAACAACUGGUGUGGAGGAAGAAGAAGCAUUGAAGGUGAAUUCUCAGGAGAAGGAGAACAGUCCAACGACUUUGGUUUCAUCUUCAGACAAUGAAGAUGAAGAUGUAACUCGUGUUUACCAAGUUGUUAAUAAACCACCUGAGAAACGACAAAGAGCUCCUUCAGCUUACAAUUGCUUCAUCAAGGAAGAGAUCAGGAGGUUAAAGUCUCAGAAUCCAAGCAUGGCUCACAAGGAAGCUUUUAGCCUAGCUGCUAAAAAUUGGGCACAUUUCCCUCCAGUGCUCAACAAGAGAGCUGCUUCAUCAGAUCAUUGUUAUUGUGAGGAUCAAGAUAACAAUGCAAUACCACCAUGCAAUGCUCUCGAGGACCAUGAAGAAAGCAAUAAUGGGUUCCGAGAGAGAAAGGCUCAGAGGCAUUCCAUUUGGGGAAAAUCUCCAUUUGAGUAACAACUUGGCCUAUGAUGAACUUUUAACAAAAUAAUAAUAAUGGCGUAUGAAAAUGUGACGGUGACCAUUUUCUUUUAGGGUUUCGAGUAUGUUUGCUUUAGGGUUUCUGUUCUUUGUUUGGAGAGAGAGGUAGUGAGAAACUAAGAAGAAUCUCUGAAAUCGUACGUAGGAAUUUGUGUGUGCUGUUUCGAGAAGAGUCUUG